CAAAUAUCUAGAUGUGGCGAACGAUGCGAGCCUUGUACUUCUCCUUGUCUCACAAGUUGUAAGCAUCAGGACUGCGGCAGCAGUGACCGUUUCCAGGUACUGAAAUACGGACGAAAUUGCUCGCAGCCAUGUGUCCUUUGUCCGAAACUCUGUGAUAACAGCUGUCAGCAUCGCAGUUGUAGUAAAAAGUGCUACGAAGUAUGCGAUGUAAAACCGUGUGAACAACCGUGCACGAUGCGACUGCCAUGUGGACAUGGUUGCCUUGGAAUGUGUGGAGAAAUCUGUCCGCGUCUUUGUGGUACCUGCAACAAACGAGCUUACGUGAACUUGAUAGAGGAAUAUUUGGGUGCGAAGGCAACAAUGACAAAGCUGCCAAGAAUCAUAGAAGUGGAAGGAUGUCGGCAUGCAUUCCCAGUGGAGGUGAGUACCUUUUUGAAGAAACUUAUCCCCUGUACACCAUAUGGGAGCAGUGCUGUCAUGGGGAAAGAGGCGGGCCGUCAGGGAGGAGCUUAA